UUCAGAAGGAUGCCAUUAGAUUAUUCGAAGUGGAAAACGAUUGAAGUAUCAGAUGAUGAGGAUGACACACAUCCAAACAUUGAUACGCCUUCACUGUUUCGAUGGCGACAUCAGGCACGUUUGGAACGUAUGGCUGAGCGUAAACAGGAAAAAGAGAAAUUGAUGGAGGGAAGGUCAAUGGUGGAAAAACGAAUAUUGGAAGUGCAAGAGAAGUUGAAGAAUAGUGAUUUGGACGACAAGGAAAGAAUUAAGCUGGAGCUUGAGAUUGAAGAAGUUAAGAAGCAGGAAAAGGAGUAUCAGAAGAAGGAGAAAGAGUUGGCUGAGAAAGAGAAGAAUGAACCAUGGAAUGUUGAUACGAUUGGUCACGAAGCAUUUAGUAAAUCGCGUAUCAAUAAAAUAACAGAUAAGAAAGCCGAACCACCGAAAUUAUCGGAGGAAGAAGAAAGCAAACGCAUGUCCGAUUUUUUCACGAAAAACGAAGAAUUACUGAAAAUCUUUGGCGCUAUACAUGGCUUGGAAGAAUCGGAGAAGUAUUUGUUGGAGCAUCCUCAGUUAGCAUCAGAUUUUACUGCUAGCUGGCUUACCAUUCAAGCUCUUAAUCUUGCUAUGGAAUUCGAGGAUAAAAAGAUGUGCGUUAUGGCGGAACAGUGUAUUAUUAUUCAGUACUUGCUUGAAUUGUCGAAAACUCUUCAUGCACUUGCAACCAAUACAAAUGUCAUCAAGAACUUCUUCAAAAAGUUCCGUGCUGCCGAUCCCUCCUAUGCGAAAAUGUUUCGACAGGAAGUUGAUGCCUUCUGCGAUAGGCUUCGUAAGAGGGGCAAAGAUAAGCGUGAUGCAGCGAUCGCCGAAUAUGAAGCAGAAGAAAAGGCAAAGCGUAUUGCUGCGUCACCGGGUGGUAUGGAUCCACAAGAAGUGUAUGAAAGUUUACCUGAGGACAUGAAAACUGCUUUUGAUAGUCAAGAAGUGUCACGCCUGCAGGAAGUUGCCGAGAAGAUGGAUCGUGAAGUAUUUGCAUAUCAUUUACAACGAUGUAUUGAUAGUGGUUUGUGGAUCCCGGACGCUAGUGCAGCUAAAGAGGAAAAUGUCAGUAAAAAUGAAGGAUCUUGAAAUAACCUGUUUGGAAUAUUGUUGAAUUGCUGCUGUGAUGUGGUCGUCAUUCUUCACAACUCAUAGGAAGGCACAGUUUUCUGACUUACUGGAAUCAUAUUCCUUCAAUGUCAUAUGAAUACAGGGGUCAUGUAAAGGCUUUCUUGACAUCACUGAUUAUUUUCUACAGAUCUUUAUCAAUAAACUGAUUUCCUAUCGGGAUGUUUUUUUUCAAAUAAUUUUAUAUGUUUUCUGGGGAAACCGCCUUUUUUGGUUAUUCAUUUAAAGUCACG